UUGCUGUGACGCGACCUAUAGAAUAUGCAAAACACAGAAACAGUCCACGUGUUUGCCUGACAAUCCUGCUAGCCUGGGCGAUAUCAGUGGCUAUCGGCUUGCCCAUAGUGAUGGGUCUCAACAACACGCCUGAUCGUGACCCGGGACUGUGUCUAUUCUACAACACAAUGUUUAUCCUUUGCUCAUCACUCACCAGUUUCUACAUUCCGUGCAUCAUAAUGGUGUUUUUAUACUGGAGUAUUUUCAGGGCAUUAAGUAUCCGAGCACAAAAAGCUCGUGCUGCCCGGACGCCGCACCUCUCGGAGUUGACGGGUGGCAGUGUCAUUGAGAAUGUGGCACAGACGCGUCGACUUGCCGAAACGGCGUUGGACAGCGGAAGGCAUGCGGCCCGCAUUAUACCUGACGAGCCGGCGACGAACACAGCGUCCGGGUCGAAUGAAGAGGAGGAGGAUCCCGGAGGUGGUGCCUUUUCUCCGGAUAUCGACGACUGCCACGUCAUCGUCAAUGACAAAUCCACAGAGUUUAUGCUAGCCACCGUUGUGGAAGAGACCGGCAAUGUUGUAGCUCAGAUAAGCAGCCCUCCGCAACUUGCGGUGGCCGAUCCAAAUGGUAAUCAUGAUUCUGGUUAUGCACCCUCAAACGUUGACGAUGUCCUUGCAGGCGCAGCCGCUGAUUCAUCGCCGCCGGAUAGCCCGGAGCCUAGUGGGACGUUGAAGCGGUCAAGCGUGAGCAGCAGCCGGCGCAAUACCGCAACUGGUGAUUCACCCACCAAACGGGAGCCCGCACUCAGUGUUGCCAUGAAACCGCUGUCCUAUGUCCGCUAUGGCGUUCAAGAGGCGAUGACGCUGGCACGCAAUGACUCCACCCUCUCGGCUACAUCGAAGACAUCUUCUCGGAAAGACAAGAAAAACUCGCAAGCGUCAAGAUUCACGAUUUACAAAGUCCACAAAGCUUCGAAAAAGAAGCGCGAAAAGUCGUCCGCGAAGAAAGAACGUAAAGCCACCAAAACGCUCGCAAUCGUUCUGGGCGUAUUCCUCAUAUGCUGGCUACCAUUCUUCACUUGCAAUGUGACGGAUGCGAUCUGUGCGAUCAUGGAAAUAGACUGGCGACCAGGCGUGACCGCCUUCAUACUCACCACUUGGUUGGGCUACAUCAAUAGUUUCGUCAACCCAAUCAUCUAUACGAUCUUCAAUCAGGAAUUUCGCAAAGCAUUCAAAAAGAUAAUGCAUUUAGGGUGAUCGACGUUGGAACUUAUCGAACGAAUGUUUGCAUGGGCCAGAGCCAUUUCGCAUUAUGUUAAGCACAACCUUAUUGCUAUGAUAAAAUUUUCUACAAAUUACCAAAAAUAUUCCAUAUACAUAGUUAAAUAAAAUAUGCAAUAAUUUCGGGGUGGAUACAUUUAAGCCACUAAACGAAAGACAGCAAUUUUAUAAAAGAUAAAAACAAAUCGUACAUAUGUACAUCCGAAGGAUCAAUACUACAACUUUUAAGUACAUACAUAUAAUUAAGAUAAAAUCCUUACGAAACUAACUAAGAAUAAACUGGAAAAUACUCGUAACUAGACCGAAUUGUGAGCUUUUGCUUUAGUUUGCUACCUGCAUAUGGGGUAUUCCAUGAGUAAGUGAAUCAGUGUGUACAAUUAUAAACUUGCUUGUGAAACAUGCAAGG